AGAUCGUGGGCUCACAUGUAUCGACCACAUUUGCAGUAAUUAUUUAAGGUACUUGUCAGCCCGAAUCUCCGUUACAGUAUUCCUGCAUCACCUUUUUCCUACCGCCAGCGACGCAAUCGACACACUUUUCAACAUAGCAUCGCAUUCGAUCUGGAUUUCAAGAAAUAGUAACUUCGAUUCGAGCAAGUAUAUCUAAAAUGUGGGACUGGCAAUCUUAUGUGACGGGAUCCAUAAUACGGAUUGUCCCAUCCGGUCUCGUAGUUCUUCCCGCCUUGGGAUUCUCCGUACUUAUCCUGCGUAAACCCGGUGCCAAGCACGAUCAUACACGCCGAUGGGUUGACUUCACCAAGGUUGCCUUUGGACUUUGGAGCAUAACAGCGGUUAUUUUCCCUAUCCGGCUGCUUCGCAGCGGCGCCGAGAGUGAUGACAGCAAUGCCUAUCGCGUCGGCAAAAAGGUCGUACUCGGUCUGUCGGCUCUGAUUACUCUCGUAGCUGUGGCCAUUUUUGCCUGCAUAGUCGCUGCGGCAGUCUUACUUGAAAUCCUUCCUGGCAGGGAUCGGUAUGUCCCGGGCGAUUGGGACAACGCGAUUAGGCUCGGUUUUGCCGCCGAAUAUAUGGGGGUCAUCAACAUCGGGUUUCUCCUUGCUGCGGCCCUUGGCUUGGCUGGUUAUGCCUUCGUAUCCUUCAAGGCGGCUAGGGGCAGUCCUACUCAGACGGCGGCUACUCUUUUGCUCAUUGCAGUUUCGCUCUGGCUCAUAACCAGAUUAUGGAACUUCAUCUCCUGCGUCAUGGCGGUGACAGGUUAUUAUUGGGGCUAUGGUUCGUCCUACGUUGCAGCCGCAGUCAUCGAUGCGAUUCUCAUUGUGUGGUCAUCGUUUGCGGCUCUCAUGGUUCUUUACGUCCUAGCAUCCAACAACGCGUAUAGUCUUUCAAGGCUUCACUAUCAGGAGGGAGAUGACGAGCAGAGAGUCUGGGAUGAGCGAACUCAAAGCACUUGAGGCCAUCAUUUCAUAUGCUUCUGAAUUUCAACAAGAAUAUUUGCCAUAUUUCAUAAUGUUAUCUUGCUGUCUCUCUUUCUUCUAGUCUUCAUUUGCCGAGGUGGUGAUCCUCAAAGCCUGUAGAGGAUGGAGAGGUUGUUAUGAACGUGCCAAGUAGCAAUGACUUGUAAAUUCAAAUACUUGUUGCUCAUGAAGGUUGCUCACAUAGACUCUGAGAAUGUUGAUCUUACUCUGCAUCUUGACUUCUCAUGAGAACCCGCCUGACGUGGACGGAUUGAUGUCACGAAUGACUGUAUGAGAGGAGUCCGCGUCUAGCCGUGCUGUUAGCGGGUGAGGUCUAUGACUCUAAGUCUCAUAGCGUCUGCUAGGUCUCUAUAUUGCGAGCGGCCAUCUAAAUAAGUCUCACUUACAAGUAAAAGAUCAUCAUGCUCAUUGAUAUACACGCCG